UCCCGUCGUGCCCCGCGCAGCCACACCCGGAAGCGGCGCGGAGCGGGUUUUAGGCGCUUGUUUCUGGAAGGCUGGAAAGGAAUAAAGAGCAUCAUGACUACUUUGGAUGAUAAACUGCUCGGUGAGAAACUCCAGUAUUAUUACAGCAGUAGUGAGGGUGAAGAUGAAGACAGUGAGAAAGAAGAUAAAGAAGGGGAGAGCGCUGUUCCUGAGAGCGUUGGGGAGGUAGAGCUCAGCAGCGAUGGCAGUGCAGUCAACACAGGUCCCAAAGGAGUCAUUAAUGACUGGCGAAGAUAUAAACAACUGGAGACUGAACAGCGGCAGGAGCAGCGCAGGGAGAUGGAACGUCUCAUUAAAAAGUUAUCUAUGACUUGUCGAUCUCACUUGGAUGAAGAGACUGAUAAGCAGAAGCAGAAGGAGCUUCAGGAAAAGAUGAAUGGAAAGAUGACGUUACAAGAAUAUAACAUGAUUCACAAUGAUGAAGAUGAUGAGGAGUUUUUACAGCGAUACAGGAAGCAGCGAAUGGAGGAGAUGAGGCAGCAGUUGUACAGCGGGCAGCAAUUCAAACAGGUUUUUGAGAUUACCAGCGGGGAAGCGUUUUUGGACACGGUUGAUAAAGAGCAUAAGGGCACACUGAUCAUGAUCCAUAUUUAUGAAGACGAUAUCCCUGGCAGCGAGUCCCUGAAUGGCUGCAUGAUCUGCCUGGCUGCCGAGUAUCCAACAGUUAAAUUUUGCAGAGUUAAGAGUUCGCUCAUUGGCGCUAGCGCCCGCUUUACGAAUAACGCACUGCCGGCUCUGCUGGUCUAUAAGGCGGGAGAGCUCAUCGGCAAUUUUGUGCGAAUCACAGACCAGCUUGGAGAAGAUUUUUUUGCUGUAGACCUGGAGGCUUUUCUGCAGGAAUGUGGUUUGCUUCCUGAAAAAGACCUCGUGCUCUUGACUUCUGUACAUAAUCCAUCUGCAUGUUACAGUGAAGACAGUGAUCUGGAAAUAGACUGAACUGUGAAUACGACGGGGUCAGUCGGUGUAGUUGUACUGUGGGAUAUUCUUGUGCUAGGGAUUGUUCCCUUUCAUCUUUAGUGUGCGUCUCUUCUCCCACCUCAGGCACUUUGGCUUCUGCUGGUUAAAAAUUUCUUUAACGUAGCAUAAGGAAUUCCUAACAUUUUCUUAGAUUAAUUCAAUGAAUUACACACUAAAACACAGUCUUACUCUUAUGCAAUUCAAAUUGCAAUUCAAAUUGCAUAAACUUCAUAGAUGAAGUUCUAACACAAUUUAGUAAGUUUAGGCAGGUGCGUCUUGUCAUCCCUGUUCUCCAGAUCUUUUAGGUUUUGUUAAACAUCCUGUUCUCAGCUGUGUGUGCUCCUUACAGGUUUCCUGAAAUGGUGUAAUGUGAGUACUGACUGGGUUGAGAUGUGGGCACUUGCUUGCUAAGACAAGAGUUUAGACCGCAAAUGAAGUGUUUAAGCAUUCGGGUUUUUUAUUAAGCUGGAGCUGAACUGCUGCCAGUUAACACUGCAAGGUCCCAUCUUCCGUUCCCGAAUUUGCAGUCUCCUUCUUGAAGUACCUUCUUGUUCUAACACCUGGCAUCAGGUUUUUGUUCCUUUCUCACUUAGAAGUAGCAACAGCCCCCAACUUCAUCCUGGAAAUUACUUUUCAGCUGGAGAGAGUUCUUCCUUUCACCUUGCCUGAGACUUAAAUGAGAAAGUCUUCCUUCAAUUACAGCUCUUAACACAUUCCGGCUUUUUAAAAUGCCCACCAUCACUUCAUCAGAAAACGAUCUCUGCUUCUUCAGAGAGAGAUUGUCAUAAAGGGCUCCAGCAUGUGCUCAAUAGCAUCGUGGAGGGCUUUGUUGGCAAAAUGCAGAAUUAGGACUUGAAUAACCUCAGAAUUUCAAACUUCUCUAAAAUCAGUACUGAAGCUAAUUUCUGCCUGCCUUGAUGUUUCCUGUCUCAGCUGAGUUGUCAGCUGUAUUUUGAGUAUUAAUAACACCUGGACAGAUCACUAGAUGGGUUUGUGGGGAAUGGGCUGUGGGCCAACAGCCCAGGUCACUGAUGCAGAUGGGUGGUAGUGGGCUCAUUUUUCCUCAGCUCAUUCCCUUGUCUGGAGCUGAAUAUCCUGUUUGCGCACUGAGUGUGCAGCAGGAUGAAAGCCAUUGCCACUGUCCACAUUGCUCCGAUGGCAACUUUGCGGGAGGAUGUGUUGUACAGCGCAACGGUGGAGCUCGCUACCAGAGAAAAAACGGGGGGGGAGUGAAACCUGUGUGGAGAGUUAACUGUUUUCUCCUCUGACUUCUGUAGUGAGGCCUUGUCGAAAGCAUCACCACAGCUGUUUCAGUUGUCUGGAGGCACUGAUCUUAAAAGUUCUGAUCUUCCCCAAAACCACAGGCUGACUCCCACUUCUGGGCACAGAAUGAAAGACACCCCGGGCUGUGCCCUUUUGUUCCUUUGUGAACAUUAUUCCUGCUGAGGGCAAUUGCCGUACAUGGCGCUUCCCUCCAUUACUGUUUGUCAGUCGUUAAGUUUUCAUUAAGGUGUGUUUAUUUAUUUUGUUUGUGCUCUACUUACUUCAGAAAUCGGAUCUUUAUAUGGAGAAGUAAUUUCCUUGGCUUCUAGUACACCCUGCCUCCAGCAAGUCUGCUGCUUCCGUAGCUGAGAGAUAAACCCGCGCAGUGUUAGGAGCCAUUAGUAGUUUAUAUUAUAUAUACAUUAAUUUAAUGCAAGCACAAAAUCUGAUGUAGCAGAGCGAGGUAAAGGCUUUAUUGGCCAGAUUAUGGUGUGGCUGUGUUGCUGAAACCAUGUAGCUUGCACUAAUAAGCCUGUUCAGUGUGCACUCUCUGUACGUAGUCCUUAUUGAAUUGUUUCCUGCAUACUUAGUGUGCUGUUGCAACAUGUUUGCUUGCUCACCCAUUAGUUAUUUUGCUUGUUAUUUUUUAAUUUUGAGGAAAGUAGACUAUCAUUACCUAAAUAUAUGACCCAAUGUAAUGCUGUGUUUAAUGAUUAAAUUUAAUUGCAAGUUUUAUGUAAGGCACUUUGAAACACCAGGAAGAAAUGCAAAUAUCUCUGCGUAAACAGUAGGUUCUUCAUAAGAACGGAUCUUGGGUUAGAAAAGGAAUUUGUAAUUGUAUCUAUUUGAACUGUGUUUUAAAAGGUGGUAUAAGCAGAAAAUUAAAUAGUUUGUAAUUAAAAACUACUGAAUAGGCACAAAUUGUAGCUGUUUUAAGGAAACUGGCAGAAAUCCAUAUUUCAAAAUGUGGCAAGAGAUUAUUUCUUUUUAUCUUAGAAUGCCAAAAAAAAAAAACCAUGGAAGUUACAUGAAGUUAAAUAAUUGAGCUUAGAUAUCAGCAUAUUUAAGAAAAACAAAUCAAAGUAGCUGUAAUUUAUAUUCCAGAUGAGAUUCAGCAAAGCCCGUCGUGCAGACAGGGUGUGUAUUAGCAUCAUAAUAAAACCUGGCUUGGAGAGAGGGCUGGGAGAGAGCUGACUGCUUGAGUCGCUUUGAAGUUCUGGUUUUAUACAGUGCUCUUUUUCUCCCCUGUGGCAGCAGCACUGCGAUAGGACCAAACUCUCUCCUGCUGCUGUGGGAUGGCCUGCAGCAAGGUGACUCCUGGCUGUGACUCUCCAGCACUCAGGUAUACGAUAGAGGGUUCACAGCACCAGUAGCAAAGAGGAAAAGAUAAAAAAGGGCUGAACCCAAGUAAUCAUUGAUCUGGAAGAAUAAAAUAAGGACAGGGGAAGUGGGGGUAGAGAGAAGAUGUGCUAUAAUCCUGCUGCGUGUUCUCAGCGCGGGCAGAAGGAGGGAGGGGAGGACAGCAGCAGGGCAUCGUUGGCUGUGCUGGUUCUGCUGCUGAUGCUUUCCUCCUUCCUUGAAGCUAAAUCCAAACUGACCCACUGGUAAUUGUGUGACUUAAAGAAACAGCAUUCUUAGUGUGCAUUAAACAAUGUAACAAAGUAAAACUAACUUAGAUUAGUUAUUAGUUUGUAUGUGUCUGUCCUUCAUCCAUUUGAUACAAAUAGAAACUACAACUUGAACUUCCACUGUAUCUGUAAAUGUUUGGGUUGAAGUGUUAAAGUCUGCUGUAUUUCUCUAAUUUUAGAUGUGGUCCUGACAUGCGGAUUAAGAAUUGGUGUGUAUUUAUAAAAUCUUAUGGGGACUAAAGUGAAAAUGAAAUUGUACAAACACCAUAAAAUAAAACUGUUGGAACAUUCGGCUUGGCAUCAAGAGAUGCCAGGUUUUCAGGUUGAUCCAGGCAUCUCUCCUUCCCCCAAAGCUGUUGUAGUCUCACCCUCAAAAUGUCAUUUCAAUCGAUGCAUUCCUCCUAAAUGGUUUGGUUUUGAAUAAAGGAUGCUUUUUAAUUUUG